AUCCCCAUCCCCUCCACUCAUUUCCAAUUCCACGUUCACAUACACCGUAACCCAUUUUAAUUCUUCUUCAUUUUUCUAACAUAAAUUAAAGGGUAAUAACCUCUUCUUUUUUCUUCUUCUUCUUCUUCUUCUCAAGUAACUUCAAACCAUUCUUUUGUAUCCAAACCUCCAUGGGAACUCAAGUUUUAUACCCUCAAGACUAUUUUAUCACACCUACUCCUGCUCCCUUUUCUCACCGGAGCAACCGCUACGGCUACAACAACCGUGCCGUCACCUCAAGGUAUCACCGGAAACCGGUUACCCGACCAGGCCUAAAGAAACCUGUGGCCGUGAGCUCCUAUCAACCGGAAGCUUCUGCGGUCUUGAAGAGAUCGAGUGUUGAUGAUUCAGUCACUGGGAAGAGCAGCGGUUUAGCUGUGGAGAAGGUCACGAUUCUCCGCAGGGGUAAAUCGUUGGAUUCGGUGAAGAUCGACACGUACGCUGGAUCUGCCGCGUUUGGUUUGUCUCCGUCGCCGAGCGCGCUUCCUUUACCAUCUUUUCUGAUGAAGAAGCAGUUGGCUGUGACGGUUGAUGACUCUGCGACGCGAGAUCUAAGGCGCCUGCUCCGUCUUAAUUGAUGGGUUCGGGUUGAACCCGAGAAAAUAACCAUAUGUUGACCCACUUCCACUUGUAUCGGUUACCGUAACUACGCUUCUGGUUUCAAGUUCUGACCGAUCGUGAAUUUUUUAAACGAAAGGGUAGAUCUGAAAUUGAGGGUGAUAGGAUACAAGCCAUGUGUAUCUAGCAUCUUGUGCAGCUUUGCAAAGGUUAAUGUAAAAUUAGGGCUGUAAUAUCAGUUUAAUUUAAAAAGAGUUUAAUUAUGAUAGAUUUUUAGUUAUUUAUUUUUGUUUUUGCAUUGUUAACACUUAAAACAUCAUAACCAAUCUGUUACGAUAUUGACCAAGAUCGACGAUCAGAAUUGAUAAAGCGUGGUGGAUGACUUUUAUCGA